AUGAACGAAACCAAAGACCUUACUAGUUACCUUAAACAUUAUGGCUUUUUCUUUCCCAAUGCGGAAAUUUACCAAGGAUUAGCGAAAUCUUGGGAUUGUGGACCAAAUGGUGCCGAAUUGAAAAGGAAAUUAAAAGAUUUAUGGUACCGCUUAGAUAAUUUAAUCUCUGCUGAGGAAUUUGCUUCCUUUUUGACCCAAGAAGAUAAACAAAAAUUCACCAUUUUGCAAAAUUGUCCAUCCUGUGGCCAAAAUAAAUUUACGAAACCACGACAAUUUAAUCUGCUUUUGAGUAGUGAUUUACAAAUAACCAACCAAGAAAAAAAAAAUCUCGUCUAUUUGCGUCCGGAAACCUGCCAAGGAAUAUUCAUUAAUUUUGCGGCUAUUCAAAGAAGCACCCGCAAAAAAUUGCCUUUUGGCGUGGGACAAAUUGGAAAAUCUUUUCGCAACGAAAUCACGCUUCACCACGGCAUUUUUCGCACCCGAGAAUUCGAGCAAAUGGAAUUUGUCGGCAAUAAAGAAAAAAUUAAGCAAGUAAAAUUAGCCCACGACGAAUUGCCGCACUACGCUCAAAAAACUACUGACCUGUAUUUCCAGUAUCAUUUUGGAGAAAAAGCAAUCCCCCAAGUCAUUGAAGUAUCUUUUGGCGUGGAAAGAUUAAUGUUAGCUCUUUUGACCGACGCAAUUAUUCCUUUAAGUAAACAAUUACAAGAAAGAGCCCGGCAAAUCUACCAAGAAUUAUUAACCGAAACUGAUUUUUCAACCACUUACGAAGAAGCUAGUAGCAUUGGUAAAGCUUACCGCCGGCAAGACGCCAUUGGUACUUAUUAUUGCCUGACCGUGGACUUUCAAACCUUAGAAGACGGAACCAUUACUGUCCGGGAAAGAGAUACCGGUUUAGUCGGCGGUGGUUAUCUUAUUUAUCGUGGAAAAACUAAACCCACGCCGCAACAAGCCGAACAGAACGAAAAGCAAAAAGACCAACUUAGAAGGCAAAUUCAAUUAAUCAAAGAAGAAAUAAAUUCCUGCCGAAUUAAACUGGAAAAGUCCAAAAACGGCGAAGAAGUUAAUUGGGGCAAAAGCAUUGAUGAACGGCCGAAAGAAAUUAAAUUUACUCAUGUUGAUAAAGAAACAGAACAACUCCAAGCCGAAGCAAACCGAGUUUGGAACGAAUAUUACCCCAAAGUUAAAGAACGCUUUGACAAUUUGAUAAAGACUUUUUACCGCCGAGUUAUCGAAAAAAAAGGAUUACGUUAUCCGGAAGUGGACUUUCGCGGAUUUGGACAUUUUUACAUCACAAGAGCAGAUUUGCUAAAUAAUUCAGUAGAAAUGGGGCAUACUGGUCCGCCAGCGGAAGAACCAACAGAAUAUAUUGGCGGAAAAAUAGUUAAUUUACCCAUGGAGAUUAAUCUUAACCAAGUAUAUUUACUUAAUAACGGAAAAAUUGGUAUGGAUGAACUUAUUAUUAAAUUUGCCGAGAACCCUGACGGCAGUGCGAGUUAUACCCCCCUAGACAUUAGUUUUGCUAAAUUAACGAACACUAUUGCCCACGAAUUGGCCCACGCUGUUCAAAGUGUCCUAAAUUUAUAUGAUAGCAUUAUAAUUGAUACAGGACAAGAAAAAAAAUCAGAAAUACGAAGCCAAUGCGAAAGCAGUGGACUUAGAGACAGCAAGGGCAACCUUCUUUAUCCGCAAUGA